AUUCGUUCGUUCGGAAAACUUGUAUUUCGCUUUCUCUCGUGCGUCGUCUUUGGAGGCAAGUUUUGGCCCAGCGCACGAUCGAACCCAUACACGCGGUACCAAUCAGUCAGGCUGCGCACAUAUAAUUAACAAUUCUGCUAUUCAGCUUCUGUGUAGGAAAGAGUUCCGUCGGCGCAGUGGUGCAUUCAUAAAAAGUCGGUAUUUAUGAUCGAUGCUGUUCGAUGUGCACUUCUUGCUCUGCGUCAGGUCCAGCCGAUGUGCCAAGUGCGGUAAUUGCGGAUAUCUUCUAAAGGUCAAGAUAGCAUUUACAGUGUGUGUGUGCGCGCCCACAAGAAGGUGAAAAUCGAGUGUUUGCGCUAAUAUUUACGUUCUCCGUCGGUAGUGGUGGUGGUGGUGGUGAUCGUGUGCGGUGAAGUACUUCCUUCCCAGCCUCUGCAACAGCUCAUCUAUAACUUGCUAAGCAGGAAAAAGUCAGUGCUAAAGUUAGCAAUUAUAUGCUUUAAUGAUAUUUUACUAUCCACGAAACCCCUCCGCCAGAAAGGUGCUCUAAGUGUUUUGUUUUCACUCCAGCAGCGAAGAUCCCAGUGAGAGAUAGAAGUUGAAAUAUAUACAGCCCGAAAAAAAACCUUCAUUUGACAUCAAUUGUGUUCGUAUAUGUGUAUGUGUAUGGUUGUGAGUAUUCGUGUGGUGUAAUACAUCAGAUUUUUUUCCUCUGCCUUUUCUGACUGAUGGCAAUCGGCGAUUGUUAACCAACGCGAAAAGGUUGACGAAGAAGAGAGAGAAAAAAGUGUGAUUAGGAGAAGAUUUAACGGAUCAGUGAUAAAUUGUGGAGUGGAAUAAAGGCAGCAUAAUAGCCCCCCCCCCCCCAACAGACCCUGAAUCUCAGGCCCUCCCGUGACCGGUUCCAGCAAACGUGUGUGCGGCGAGUGCGCCCGGUGAGAAAGGCUCGGCUGAUGCCGUCAAGCUAUUUCUGAAGCGAGAAACAAGGUCAAUGGGAGUGAUUUUUUUUCUCCAUUCGUAAUCGGGUGGGAUGGUGAAUUUUGAUUAGUGUGGAAGAAACCCGAACGAAAGGUACGGCCGAAGGAAGGAAACCGUAGCUAAUUAAUCGUUCUAGUUUGAGAAUUCGUGUCUGGGAAUUGUACAGAUAAUUGAUUCAUUACCAGCCACAAACGAACGGCACAGUGUUUUGAUGUUCGCAGUUGUAAUUGGUGCCGUUCGAAUACUUCCGAGGCUGACGAGUGAAUGGGGAUUAAUUUCGGCGUCAAACAGAACAAAUCAGCAGAGUUGGAGUCGCGAGCAGUGAGCAGCUGAGGAAUUCAUUUGAAAGUGAUUACUGAUACAAAAUAACUGAUUGCUCGCUGUAGAAGAAAAACAACCAGGAAGCUGCUGUUUGAUCUAAUCGCCGACCUCCAUAAGCAGUGAAUGUGAAUUGAAUUAUACGGCACAAGCUACGGCUAAACCAGUCGAACGAGAUGAAUUCCAAAAAUGUAACAAUCUAAUUAAUAAUUUAUGAGCAUUUAGUGCGCAAUCAUCAGCCGUCGAGUGGGUGAAGCCGGGAGUUGGAUGCAGCUUGCACCGAAACCAGCGAAGAAAACAAAAACUCACCGUCAAACACGGUUGCUAGUCUUGCUGCUGCAUGCCAGCUGCCAGCUACCAGCGCCGCCAGUCAGUCAGUGCCUUUGAACUGCAACUAGAUCGUGACGGUUGGCCUCUGCGCGCUCGUCGUAGCGCGGGAGAAAUAAAAGUGAAAACAUGGAGAAAUAUGUAACCGUCGUAUCGGUUGAUAAUAAUCAGCCUGCCACCCUGGGAAUAGAAGGAGAGGGCAGUCAGCUACCGAAUGUAGACAUCAAGGAAGUGCCGACAGGGGGCGUGCCGCAGUCGGUGGAUUCGAAUGCAACCGUUGAUUCACAGUUUGUGACGGUGCUGUCGAUCAACCAUGGCCAAGCGGUGGAAGGAACCGAACCAGAAGUGGUACUGGUGUACCGGCUGCCCGGUGAAAGGUUAGGCUUCGGGCUUAAGUUUCAGGGAGGGACGAAAAAUAAUGAGAAAAUUCAGCGACUGUUUAUUCAGUCAUGUGCGGAGAAUAGUCCCGCUUCGAGAGUGCAGGCCAGUUGGGGUUACCUCAGGGAGGGCGAUGAGAUUCUUGAAAUUGAUGGAGUCAGUGUGACACGGAUGACCCGAAUCGAGUGCGUCAAGUGUUUGAAGGAGAGUAAUUUGGCCAUUAAGCUGCUCGUGCGGAAUGGUGAAGGAAAAGUACAAAAUUUCUACGAUGACAAUGGAGAUAUUCCGGAGAGGAAAAGUGUUCCACCACCUCCGCCGCCAGUACCGCCGCGGAAACUGAACAAAAGAAAAAGUGCGGAGCUGCAAAUCGUUGAUCCGCCUACGAAGCAAAUCGUAGAAAUUAUUCACCCUCCCGGUGCGGAGAUAUACUCAAACCUAUUCUCAGAUGAUAUUAGUGACCUUAUCAGUGAAUCCGACGACACUGCCAGUACAAUUUCCACAGUCAUAGAUAAGUACUCAAUCUGUUCUAGUCUUUCGUCGGAGGACUACACCAUUUCUUCAAACCCAAGCAGUUUAGAACUGGCGAAAGCCCUUAAGCCAUUCACGCUUUUGGAGAAAGAGUUUAACCUAGAAAAUAAGUUGGAAAACAAUUUGUUCACCUUUCAACCUGCUGCAGUGAACGUGGUUCAGCUUGAAGUGGGACCCGAACCGCUUUCGAACGAAUACGAAAACAUCACCAUCGCCAAGGUGGAUGAGAACAAAAAUUACGAAAACAUAGUGAUCCAUGCCAGUGACCAUCAACCUCAAAACUACGAAAACGUUACCAUCCAAGCCGUUACGGAACCUCAGCCGUACGAGAACGUCACUGUGACUACCUCCAGCAGCAAACAUGAACCGAUCGUGUACGAAAACAUUGAUUUAAAGGCUCCCCCACAACCUCUGCCGCGUCAAGCCGGUACCGCUGCAGUGGAACUGAAGAAGCGGGCUGCUCCAGCAGCCAACGUUAUUCCGCCACCACGUCAAAAAUCGCCGAAAAUUGCUCAACUACCGCCAAUUCCACCCCAUCUGCCUCAUGAGUUCAACACCAUUCACAGCUGGCUACAGGAAGCCACCGAAGUCAUUCACGAGUGUGCCUUAACCCCUGCCGGUACCAACAGCACCGGUGAGCCUUCGAAAGAGGACAAGCAACCCCUUCGAAGUGCUAGUAGCAAUGAAAACCUUCCUCGAUUGAUCGAUUUUCAUCCGAAAGUUUCCAGUCCCUUAAAAUCAACACCCCCUCCACCGCAGCCAACAAUCGUAACGAUCGAAGAUGUAAAAGCAAAUGAAAAUAACGACAAUCAGCUGGUUCCGUCACCGGCCGACCAAUCCGUGAUGGUGAAAAAGUGCAUCAAAAUUGUCGCCAACCGGGUGGGUGAAAUGGAAAACUAUUUCGAAAGUUCCAGCGACGAAGAGGAGGAAAAAAUUUACGAACCUUCCCAGAUGGAAAGGGAACGGCAGCAGAGGCAGUGCGAUGACGAUCUCGGCGGUUUCGAUAACUACAGCGACGAGGACGGUGAAAAGCUCGGACCGCCGGAAAUUGUGGACGGUGGCCCAUCGGAGGCGUACUUUAACUUCCACUGGUCGACAACGCUGCUACCACCGAUCGGGGAAGUGGAGGAGGAGUUUUCCUCACUGGAGAAUCAACAGAGCGGUCCCAUUGUCAUCAUCGACACGGCCGAGGAAACUCUGUUCAACGACAGCAACAACAAUCAGCAUCGUGAGCCCAAAAUCAAACGGAAUGCCCACUUUUGGGCUGAAGAUAGUCCUACCUCGCCGGCUAUGACCCCAGAUUCGCUACCUUCGGACGACUUUGACUCCUUCCCGGUGACUCAAACCGAACUCGUAAAUCCCACACCACCCCAUCAAUUGUCUCGGAAUCCACCGCCGGUACCCAAUCGUAGCUUUCCGUCCUCCGGUACGGCGGUACAAGAAGCAGCGAUCAAUAGUAAACAAUGUGAUGUCAUCGAAGCGGGAGAAACUGAACCAGCUGCCAGUGGUGAAAUGCGCAGCAAGCCAGGUACUACUAUCAUUGCGGCUGAUAAGAGCGCAGGCGUGCAGGCGAACGGUGUUGCUUCGGAACUACCAACAGCAGCAACAGCUCGCACCGAACCAAACAGAACCGAGCAGAUUGUUUCACCGGGAGAUGCCGAAAAGCGUUUAGAUCAGUUGAUGAACGACCUCGUUGAUGAUAACGAGAGUUUCAGUGCGAACAUUUCUGAAUUAAUUGUGGCGAUGGAGGUGGAUCCUGGUGUUGAGGUUCUAAAGUCGGGGAUUCCCCCGUUGGAGGUGGCGGUUGAAGGGCACGUGUCAAUGGAACAGACGAAUGAAGAUCUGAAAGAGGAGGGGAAUAAGGAAGAGAAGAAAAAGUCUAAUAUUGGGGAUGUUUGUGACGAAGACAUGGAUCUUCUGGCAGCCGUGGGGGAUAGUGUGGAUAGUGAUUUUGAAGAACUGGUCAAAUCGCAGCUUGACGGUGACAAUUCAGAGCAAAUACAACUGAUUCAUGAGAGAAUCAUUGUUGGAAUUGAACGCUCAAGCACCAGCGGUGAUAGCAACAGUGAUCGGGAGGAUAGUGUUGAUCAAAAGAUCGAAGAUUCGAACGUUAGUGUUUCAGUGAUCGCUGGAAAUGAACAGGCAAUUCCAGGAGAUGUUCCGGAUGGCGAGAUGACUUCAGUCGCGGCUUAUUCCGGCGAGCAGAAGGUCGAAAAUAAUCAAGGUAAGCUCGAUUUACAACCAUAUCUGCAUCAUUUUUCACCUUUCGAGACACGACAGCAACAGCAGCAGCAGCAACAGCAUCGUCGUCGUCAGCUGCGGCGAGUUGCGAACGUCAUCCCGGAAGAUUCGUACCUACCCUUCAUCGGACCGUGCACGCGGUUGGCCCUCUAUCGCGCCUCUUCGAACCAUUUCGAAGUCGCACAGUUCAACUUUGCGUGUUCUCUCACUCGCUAACCACCAAUCCUAGCCCUAAAUUGAGUUGAGCCGUCGCUCUAACUAGUGUCUGCAG